AUGGCAGAUAAUAACAUAUAUAAACAACAAGUCAAACUUGGAACAAGAGACUUAAUACUUAGUUCAAAGGGUGUAUUUGAUCCAGGCACACCGUUAGAGCAGAAUCCCGCCAUAUUAUUCGCGAUGUCUCUCGAAGGAGUGAUGGAUGCUGCUCCAAAUGAAACGCCAAGGAUAGAAAAAAUACUUGAUAAAUCUACAGAGCAAGUCAGAGGUUUCAUCAAAACUGCUUCGCAGCUUUUCGGAAAAAUUUCAAUCACAUUAGAAUCCAUAUAA